AUGCAAUUAGAUAAUCUUAAGCUCGAGAACUCGGCUCUUCAAUCAUGCAUUGAAGACAACAAGUCAGCAAUUGAAGAUCUUCGUCGUGAUGUUGUUUCAGAAGAAGAUCUUCAUUCUCAACUUGAAAACGAACAAGAAGCUUCAUUUGCAGACAUUUCAGAACUUAAUGCCAAACUUGCCUCACUUCAAACCGACAAUAGCUUCCUUCCAGAAGUUUCCGACGAACAUUCUAAACUUUUAGCGGAUAUUUCAGCCAUUGAAUCAUCUAUUGCUGAUAAACGUUCACGAAACGAAGAGACUUCUAAACUUAACCAAGCACUUGAAGCCGAACUCGAAUCGAAGAAGAAACAACUUGAUCAAUUGCCAGUUGUCGAAUCCCAACUCGAUGAACUUCAAUCUAAACUUUCAGCUCUUGAAGCUCAGCUCGCUGAGAAAUUAAGAAAGAAUGAAGAAACAAUCAAACAAAAUCAAGCACUCCAGAAAGCGAUUUCAGAGAAACAAUCUGAAAUCGACCAAAUUGAAGCUGUUGAAGACAAAUCUCAAGGACUCAAUGACAAACUUAAGGAACUCGAGAAACAAAUCGCAGAUAAACUCGCUAAGAAUGAAGAAACAAAGAAGAACAACGAGGAUCUUGAAAAGACUAUUGCUGAGAAACAAUCAAUGCUAAACAGCAUUCCAGCUGUUGAAGACAAAUCAGCAGCACUCAAACAAACAAUUGAUAAUCUUCAGAAGUCAAUUGACGCGAAACAAGCCAAGAACGAUGAAAUAACUAAGAACAACAAUGAUCUCGAAAACCAAGUCAACAAUAAACAGUCAGAAUUAGAACAAAUCCAGAAGUCGAAGACAAGACUGAAGAAUUAA